CGAGCGAAGCCCUUGUGUAAGAAGACUUGGGAAAGCAGUGGAAAAUGGAGAGUGCCAAGGCAACACACAUGACCACAGUGGCUCUUGUAGAAAGUAAUGCAAAUCCUAAAGGGGUCCAGUUAGUUAGCACUUAUCAAACCAAUCGCAUGGGAGACCCCUCAGACCUUGUGGAACUUGCUCAACAAGUGCAAAAGGCUGAUGAUUUUAUCAGGGCCAAUGCAUGUAACAGACUGACUGUUAUAGCAGAGCAGAUUCGUAUGCUGCAGGAACAAGCUAGAAGGGUCCUGGAGGAAGCCAAGAGAGAUGCUGAUUUGCACCAUGCAGCCUGCAAUGUUGUAAAAAAGCCAGGAAAUAUUUAUUAUCUCUACCAACGGGAAAGUGGGCAGAGAUAUUUCUCGAUUCUGUCACCAAAGGAUUGGGGCCCUAGUUGCCCACAUGAAUUUCUUGCGGCUUACAAGCUUCAGCAUGACAUGUCCUGGACACCAUAUGAGAACAUAGAAAAAAGAGAUGCAGAAAUCAGCAUUAUUGAUAAACUACUGAAUGAACAAGUGGCACUUCCAUCAUGCCACGAACCCAACUUUAGAGGAUUAACAAACUAAAAAUCUCUGACACCUGGAUUACUGAUCACCUCUGUAAUGUGAAAUUGUGGCAUUAUUUGUUUGUGAUGCAAGGAUGUCACCAACCGCUAUUUAUCAUUUCAUCAUGCCCUGAGAGUCUUUCCUUUUUAAGAGAAUUGGAUUUUAAGAACAUUUUAUUUUGCUCAGGUUUUAUAUAAACUGGGAUAUAAAACAAAACUGUCAUUUGUCAGCAGAAAGUUUCCUAUUUAAAGUGUUUUACAGAAGCA